UCGGUAGUGGGCGUGGCAAGGGAGAGAGAGAGAGAGAGAGAGCUGUGUGAGUGGAUUGGACUCGCUCUCCUUCAGGAUCCGCAGGAUAAACAGUCUUUAACUUCAGUAACCAUAGAUUAGCUGUGACCUUUGACCCAUCAGCCAGGGGGCUGGGGACACCAUGGCGACGGCGUCCUCCUUGCUCGGUAAAGGUCUGGGCCUGGUUCUGGUGGAGUUUGAGUACGAGUAUCAGGGUCGGGACGGAGAUCUGGUCUCCAUUAAACCUAAUGAACGCUACGUUCUUCUGGCGAAGACCAAUGACCACUGGUGGCAGGUGCGGAGUGAUUGCAGUUCCAAACCUUUCUACAUUCCUGCCAAAUACGUCAGAGAACUUCCUGUGGACCUGCCCCUGAACUUCAGUGAUACACCUGAGCCUGAACCAGCACUUCUUCCUGUGGCAGCACCUGUUCCGGUCCCUGUGCCCAUCCCUGUACCAAAGACUCUGGACGGUUCCGGAACAAAAACAGAUGAGGUGACCAUAAGACUCAGACCUGAGGGGUACCGUAAACCGGAGAACCGCAUGUCCACCUUCGGGGUUCCACUGGACUCCCAUGAACUGUCCCAUUCCAUUUGGAGCAGUGGGUCACCUGCUGCUCCCUCUGAGUCCAGGUCUGCCCUCCUAGCAGGAUCUGAGCAGCACUGGGACUUUGAGAGAACAACGGCAGAACCCAGCCUGGUCCCUGUCACCUGGUCUCAGAACCAACCCGUACCAGUGGAGACCCCUGUGGUCCCUGUUAUCUGCCUAAGUUCUGAUGUCAACAGCACGUCCUCUCUGUCCCUCUCCGACCACCUGGACCUGGACAUGGACCUGAACCAGGACCAGGAUCAGGACCAGGACCAGGAGUCCCUGAUAGAACCCGAGGAAGAGGAGGAGGACCUGGAGGAGCUUGAAUCUCCUAAGGAUCUAAACCACAUCUAUGAGUCAAUCCAGGACCUUAACCUGGAUCCGGCUCUGCUCAAAGGCCCACCCAGUCCGGAACCAGGACCUGAUGAUAAACCGGCCACACCCCCCGGGCAGAACGACACCUCUCUCGCCCCGUUACCCGUCUACGCCAACCUGUCUCUGAAGAAGCCGACCCCCCUUCACAUCUCCAUCGACAGUACAAUACCCCCCCCACCGUCUGUCCCUGCCCCCACAAAUCCAGGUCAGAGCCUCCCUUCCUCUUCCUCCUCGAUGGAAAUGUUAAGCCCCGCCUCCCCGCUGACAUCAGCAGAUGAAGCUCAGCCUCCACUGCCGGAAGAAGAUUAUCCUGUUAGUCCGUCACACGGCGGCAACAAAAAGGACGAGGACGAUGUCUUCACUGUGGUUCCUCCUGUGCCUCUAAGGAGGAUGGGAAAUGGAGUCUCAGAGGAAGGAACACAUUUACAAGUCAGAAACUGGAGACACAGCGUGGCCGAGGAGAGCUUUGGCGCCACCCACAGGAGAAAUGUCUCCGAUGUUACGUCCGAUAUGUCCAAUAGGAGACUGUCUCCUGACAGCGCACAGUUCUCCAGUAGACAGAGGCUCAGAAGGAAUUUGUCCAAUCAUAUCACGGCUUCUCACCAACAGCAUAACCACCUGCUGGAGAAAGCAGGAAUCAUCAACAAAACCAAAAUAGCUGAUCAUGGCAAAAAGAUGAGGAAGAACUGGACUCAGUCCUGGACCGUCCUCCAUGGAGGAAUUCUGACAUUUCACAAAGAUCCAAAAUCUGCUCCAAGUGGGACAGCAAGUAAAACGUCUCAGAUUGUUCCAGAAUACACAGUGGACCUCAGAGGUGCAACCAUCGUUUGGGCCUCCAAAGAGAAAUCAUCCAAAAAGAACGUUUUGGAGCUGAAGACCCGUCAGGGCUGCGAGAUCCUGAUGCAGUACGACACUGAGAGCAUCAUUGGAGACUGGCUGAAGGUCAUCCUGGAUGCUAUCACACAGCUGGAUCGGGAACACCUGACAGAUGAAGAGGAUGAGACCGGGUCAGACCGUGAGGACAGGGACCAGACAACCACAGCUAGCAGGUCCUCCACCGGAUCGGCCGACUCCGAACAGAAGCGAAUUCGGACUAAACUCAAACGUUUCCUCCAGCGGCGUCCGACGCUACAGAGCGUUAAAGAGAAAGGUUACAUCAGAGACAAUGUCUUCGGCUGUCACCUGGACACGCUGUGUCACCGCGAGAACACCACUGUUCCGAAGUUUGUGGAGAAGUGUGUGAGAGCUGUUGAGAGAAGAGGUCUGGAUAUUGAUGGAAUCUACCGAGUAAGUGGAAAUCUGGCUGUGAUCCAGAAAUUACGACAUAAAGCUGAUCACGAGGAGCAGCUGGACCUAGAUGAUGGACAGUGGCAGGAGAUCCACGUCAUCACUGGAGCACUCAAAUUGUUCUUCCGAGAACUUCCAGAACCACUGUUCCCAUUCAGCUGCUUCCACAAGUUCAUCACUGCCAUCCAGAUUCCAGACUACGACCUAAGGGUUUCCUACAUUACGGACCUGGUCCGAGCUCUGCCUUUGCCGAACCACAACACCAUGGAGCUGCUGUUCAAACACCUGCGCAGGGUGACCCAGCACAGGGAGUCCAAUCGGAUGUCGGUUCAGAGCCUUGCGAUUGUGUUUGGACCCACAUUGCUGCGCCCACAAGUGGAGUCCCCCAACAUGACAAUCCACAUGGUCUUUCAAAGUCAGAUCGUGGAGCUUAUUCUCAACGAAUUCCAGAACGUCUUCCCUGCGCCCGGUUCCUGAGUUUGAGUGCACCACAUUUUCCAGGUCUUAAAACAACCUUCUUGACCCGAACUCUCACCAGUCCCUCACCACAUGAGUUGAACUUAUUGCAACGUUGAUGUGGUUUUUUUCCCCCCAGGAUUUAGGCACCAGAAACUGAAUGAACUAUGAGAACACAUUUUUUAUUCCAGGGAAUCCAUACACUGGCAACUAGGAAGAGAGGAACUACAUGUUUCAAAUGUAGCAACUAGUAGCGAAGACAGGAACUACUGUCAGGAACAUUUUGGUGUCAUCAACAUAAGUAUUGCCACCAGUAUCGUACCAGAAAGAAUAAUUUUCAAGAACAAGGGACAUCAUGUUUUCUAUUAAGGACCUUUUUCCAGAGAUUUUAAAACCGUACCAGUAACUAUUUGUGAUUUCACAAUAAGUCCAAGUAUUAGGAAAUCCGAGCAGUAUGAGGAACUUCAUGGAAAAGAGAAGACAACGCUGUCAGCACGUUGGAAAAACAUGAGAGAAAUAGGAUGAACUUCUUGAUUCUUCAAUACUUUGUCCAAACUGUCAAUCACACAGAACCUCCAGUUGGACGAGAACUGUUUCAUGAUUCUGAACUCAAACGUUCUACCACUCCACUCCUGGGGUCGGUCCUCCAAGAAAAUCCGAUCAUGGUUCUUCGUUGAAGGCAUCUGAAAAGACACAGCAAUCAAAACCAGUCUGAAAAAUGACUGGUAUACAGGAGCAUCAACAAAGACCCACCGUUAUAAUGUCUGUCAGAUUAAAGAUGUUUCUCGAGCUAAUAUGGCAGGAAUUACUGUGUCUAAGCUGCUUAUAACAGUACCUACAGUAUUUCACCGGUCUUCUAUCUUCUCUUUCCUUGGUCUCUUUAUUUAAAAGUUGUUUUGAUUUGUAAAUAACUCGCUCUUGACACACGAAUGACCGGUAUCCAUGAAAAAAAGCCUUGUCCCAUUCUUCUUAUUUUUAGAUUAAAUUAAUUGUGGUUUCACACCAUUUCAUGAACUCUUGGGUUCAGAGCCCCGGUUCAUGUGUGUAUUUUGACCAUGGCAGUCGCCACCAAGUUCU